AUGGUUAAUAAUGGUCACGGUCAGCACGGUUCGCAAUUUUUCGUUACCCUAGCGGACAACUUGGAUUAUCUAAAUCGUGUACAUACUGUGUUUGGCGCCGUAAGUUGCUCGUUCUUGUUGACUUCUUGACGCUACUUUGAGUUAUUCCCAUCAUUUUGACAUCUUCCCUAUAGGCGGCUGGCUUCCAUUCCCCCCUAUCACCCCCCUAUACUAAUUACCCCUUCGCGCCCUCCUCGCUUCCGCACCCCCAUCGUUUCGAACUAUUCAAAACUUCAUUUUCAGGACAAAACUCCACAGAAGGCAAAUUUUUUGUCGUUAACAUUAUUUUGGAAUGGCUAACUGACCGCUUAACCAGUCAUAUGCGCUUUAUUUCUGCUCCGAGGACUGUCCGUUGUCUACAAGUUGAACGCACUUAUCAAAGUAGUAACGGGUCCAUGUAUUUGCUGCAGAAGUCCGAGUAGUGGGCAGAUCGCAAUUACUACGACCAUCAGGCCUUGUUCAAAGCGGUAGCCGACAGUAGAAGGCAAGGUUUGUCCUUAUUGAAUGAUUGAGGGAUACGUAGUCGGCUGAUUUUAGCAUCCCGACGCGAGACGCUUGUCCGCGUCGGCCGUGAAGUCGAUUUUCCAGUUUGAAUGGUUAUUAUGAGUCCGACAAUAUAAAACCUAUCAUUGCCAGGCAACGGCUAGAAACGAUGAAAGACAUCAUGUCAGACGAAACAAACGCCGUUGGCACGCCUGCCCAAGCACGUGAAUCAAUUCUCUCGUUUCCUAUCCAAUUUUCAACCAAUGAUUAAAUAUGUGGAUUUUUGACACAUAAAUUGUGGGCCGUCCGUGUGUUGGCUUAUUUUCAUUUUUCCCAGCUGACGAUAGUCUCGCAACAUGCUGUGCGAUUGGUCACGUAUUCAAUACUUUAGAUUGUGAAUGAAUACAUAAUGCAUUUGAAUGAGAAUUAUGGCCACAGGGAAGGGUAGAGACAUGCAUCUGAAUGACGUCAAGGAAGGGUACACUUCUCCGCGUUUGCCUGAAGUUAACAGCCUGUCAAACUUUAGACGUAUGAUUUGCACCGACAGCUAAUCAAACCUGUCCAACUUUCAGCUGUCUUUGUGAGUAAGUCCUUGGUUCGUAUUCCUCCUUGUGUUUUUCUGAUUGCAGAUUGCUGAGGGAGAGGAAUGGCUCUCAAGGAUUAACGAAGUCUACUGUGACAAGGAAUCGCGUCCAUAUCGUAAUGUUCGAAUUCACCACACAGUUGUCUUGGAUGACCCAUUUCCUGACCCUGCUGGUUUGGAAAUCCCUCCUAGCAGCCCCGAGUUCCUUCCUAGCUACGAGGUGGGUAUGUUUUGCAGCAAGCUCCAACAGAGUCAUUCUCGCUUUUUUUCUGACGGAACCCUUUGUAGUAACUUACUACUAUUAAUCUUACUUGUCCGCCCGUACAAACUUGCCUAUCUGCAGCACUCAAGAGUCGUUUCUACUGACUCGAAUGUACUCGGCCGUCUCACUUAUCCUACGGUACAGAAGGAACUCUUUUCACUUCAGAAAGGCCAAUUCCUGGGUAAGGAACAAAGAGACUGGUCGACUAUUGAAGGUCUUAGCGUAGUUUUCUGAGCAUUCGAACCCGUACAGGAGUCCACCGCAAGACAUUGAAGCAGCAAUAGGAUAAGCGACAAUUAUAGGGAGGUAUUAGCCAAUUAUCAACCAGUGUCCAAGCCAGGAGGAAACUGUACAGGACUCCGUAUGCCGACGCCGGUGCAGUACGCGGAUUUAUUACGCUCUCACCCGAGGCCUAGGCUUCAAUCAAUAUUCGGUUUGUCCUGCUUCCGGUAUGAGUAGUUAUACUGGUGAUUACUAAGUUGAACUCGUGACCUUUUCUGAAUAUGUGGACGGCCACUUACGUCACCCUGACGCAUGACCAGCCUAUGCUCGCGUUUGCGCGACCCGAGCACGUGUUCAGUCUGAUCUUUGUAAUUAGAAGUACAGUUUUGACACGCGAUGCGACAUACUAUCCCAGACUGCUCCCGGGAGUUUAGUCGAUCCUUGAUCUUCCAGCACCCGCUGCGCAGCAGUACUCCCUGUCGUCUCUGAACCAUCCCUGAUGUGUGACGGAGCAUGUCAUAUCCUCAGAGGCAUUUUUGUUAACGUUUGCCGAGGACGAACAUGUAGACAUCGGCCUAUAAAGGCCUUCGGAUAACUAGUCUGCAUAAGUUGAUCGCGGAUAUAUUGGGCCUCGCGUGCUUUUUCCUCCGCCUCGCUGCGGUGAUUCUGAACCCUUUUGAUGGGUGUUCUCACAACUUUGCUUAUGAGCCACCGAAUGGCUUCUAUGAAAAAUGAGAGGUCACGUGGUGUCUGUUGCCCUCCUGUAAACUGCUAUCUGAGGGACUUGGCCUGACGAGCGCAUCAAAUAUGGGCAGCUCCUACUUUUAAUUCCCUCGUGAAUUGUACACUUGGGAGGAUUUUUCUGAGCGAGCUGUGAAAAUUUUACAGCGUUUUCUUUCCGACGAAAACACGUCGUCAACGUAACAUCGCCAAAAGGCCCUCUCCUGCUGAUUGGUAGCAGUUUUUUCGUCUUCUGUUGGGCCAUUACUGCCACUUAACCGGAGACUGGGGGACCUGUUGAUAUCCAGUUGAUCUGCUCAUAGGUUUCUCCGACUAUGGCGGGUAGGUUUUUGGCAUGGUUAGGAAGACUUGCAUGGCGUUUGAUUUUUGCAGGCUCUGAGUCCCGUGUGCCUCUUAAAGUCUCUUGUUCAAGACUUCGUGCGCCAAAUUUGGUUGGAUGAGUAUAAAUGGCGACAUCAUGUCGAGACUACGAUUUCAUCCUGUUUAGCUAUUAGACCUCGGAUGUCUACGAGGAAUUGGGAGGCUGACCGGACUAGGGUAUUCGAAUUACUUUCGAAGAACUUUGGUUUUGAGUACAUCCACCUUGCCAGAUCAUGAAUAAGGCCACUUCUUAGUGCAGCGAUUGACCGCAAUGGACCAGUUGGCCUAUGGGAUAUUUUACAGACAAUUUCCUGACACGGGUUUCUCUAGAUUCUUACCGACCGAUUCAAUGUACCCAUAGAUUCGUUGAAUAUCUAAUGCCUUGAGUACAACUUUUUACGUCGAGAGCAUAUCUUUCCCACGGAAUCCUAACCGUGCAUUUCGUGAUCUAGACUCGAUUGUCGACAGUGAGUUUUUUGUUGAUGACUGCGGGCUGAAUCAGAGACCGCGCAGAGGGACCUUAGAUCCUUCUACUGUCUUCAACCAGACUCACUACCUUCGAAUUAUUUCGGUCCGUCCCGCUUGUUUUUGUACUCAGUCAUACUAGACGUUGUAUCUGCGCUUCAGUCGGCCCCAAAACCGGUGUAACCCAUGCUCAAUGAUUAACGUCUUAACCUCCCGAAGUUGUCCGACUACCGAUCCAUCUCCGAACACCGAAUACUAUCGAGCCCAGCCUCCUGUCCAUGUCAGACUUAAUUACGCCCUUCCAAUCUUUCGAAUCGAUCCUUCCGAUGAUGGCGCCAAAUCUAACAGGGAUUAAAAGCUAUUUUGACGGAAAUUAGUUCCUUCUCAUGUCCACGUACCAAGUGUCCUAAGCGUCUGGUACAGCGUCAUUGGGGAGGAGGGGGGUGCCGCCAACUGGCAGGGCAAUAGACUUCUUGUUCCAGUGAUCGCAUCUUCUUCUAAAGUUCUGUUCGACAAUUUUAAACUAGCCGAGGCUAUAGUAUUCUGCAGAGACACACAUUGUUAUAUGCCUCAGACUUUUUGGGUGCUAACCUUGCAUAGAGACCACCUCUUGCCUCGGUAGUGCUGUACGGCUCUAACCGUAGCCCCGGACCUAACGGCGAGGGCAUUAGCACUUCCAGAGCCGACAUAGCAUGCCUUGGUGGCUUGUUUUGCCGUGGCAUGAGCUCAUCCAUAGCAUACAGGGACCGUCACAGGCAAUAGGGUCAGCCGUAUCGAUCUCCGUAAGCCAGGCUGAAGAGUGCCGCAUUGUGAUGUGAAACCGUCGACUAUUACUUCAGUUUCCACGGCGUUCAGUUUUAAGUCGGAUUCUUGGUCGGAGACGAUUAUGCGACCAAAGGUGAAUUGUGCAUCGGUUAAUUCCUCCAACACAGCGAUAUCAUCGGACGUUUUGGAGGCAGUUGACUGUCUGCUGACCCUUCACUGGUCUGGUCACUGUUUUCUGCGACACUACGUCUUCGUCUUGAAGUGGUUAUUCUAAAAACUCCUCCCGUUAUUUUUGUGACCCAAAACAGGAGCUGGACGUUGGUCCCCCACGCCUGGAAGAAGACGAGGAACUCGGUGAUACUGAUACCAACUUAACUGCAGAGGAGAUUGCAGAACGCGAGGCUGCCAAGGAGGCCAGAACCAACGCCCAGCUGUUAACCCUUCUGGGUGAUCUCCCUGAUGUGGACGCAAAACCACCUGAAAACGUGCUCUUUGUUUGCCGCCUGAAUCCUGUCACAGAAGCCGCCGAUCUAGAGGUCAUUUUCAGCCGUUUUGGAGAAAUCACGUCCUGUGAAGUGAUUCGUGACCGUCGCACUGGUGCUUCCCUCCAGUACGCCUUCAUCGAAUUCGAGCGCAAGGAGGACUGUGAGGAGGCCUACUUCAAGAUGGAUAACGUUGUCAUUGAUGAUCGCCGCAUCCAUGUUGACUUUAGCCAGUCCGUAGCUAAGGAAUGGCGCCACUUCCGACGUCAGAAGCACGAAGAUGCAGCAGCAGCGGCUGUCAAAGCCUCAGGGGCUCCUCAGCACCAUCGACCUGGGCCACAUGCUGGCAUCGAGUCUUCCCAACAAAGACGACAACCACAGCGGGAGGAGAGACCGCGGUGGCGACAGUCGCAUCGAGGACCGCCAUCACCGCCCCCUGUAAGGCCUCCGCCACAGCCACCCAUAAAGGGUGAGAGGAGGCAGCAAAGUGUUUCGCCAUCACCACCAGUUGAGGAGAUGGAUGCCGCUAGUGAAUCACGCGGUCUUGAUUUUCUCAUUUCCGACUCCAACAGUCGCAGCAGCGGUUCAGAAAGCUCGCCAUUAUCGAAAAGGCAUCGAAAAAGUAGGUGUUACUCGUUUGUUGUGUUUUUUUUUUCUUAUUUUAUGCCCACGAGCAGUCCUCGUGAGUUGUACCUACUUCAAUAGAAGUCGCAUUCCUUGAUUUUUUAGAAAAAUUAACUAGCACCCUUUCGUUUUAAAGAGGACCGUCAUUUUUCUUGUUCAUAAGGUCCAUAAGCUACGCGCAUGAGUUUAUCGCAUAGCCCUGUAUGCCUCCGUGGAAAGUCUUGUGCUGCUUGUGAACGACAUCAACAAACCUGGGAAUGUCUGGAUGCAUUAAUGAUCACGUGAGCAUCUUGAAAAGUCUCAUGGUGGUAAGCGUACAAAGGCCGGACAGUUCCUCCCCUCACGUAUUGAUUUUUAACGAGAUAUUUCCUGCGAGAUGAAUGUAUGACAGAAGGUACGCCUUUGCUUGAGCGACCAGUCCUUCUCGUGUGGGUGAAAAGUGUUUGGUCGAACGCUAAUGCGCCGCAGCGUGGAACUUGGCUUCGGUGUCUUUUAUCCGCACGUCAGUUUUUAACCUAACCUAAGAGCUAAGCCCAAACGGCCUCUUCAUGCGAGUCAACCUUAUGUUUUUUUGGCUGAUAGACCUCGGUCCAGAUUCUAAUUCUUCACUCUUUUUUAGAGAGGAAAUCGAAACACUCAAAGCGGCACUCGAAAUCUCGCAAAGAACACCGGAAAAAGUGA